UGGGAGACUCGCAUGGCGUUAUUGUGUAUUUAUUGCGCGGUAUUGCGUGAUACCAAAAUCAAUAAUUAUCAAGAUGGCUAAAGGUGACAAAGACCUGGAAAAAACUGUUGUGAAAAGUGAAUUACCAACUCCUGAAUCUAGAAGUACUGACAAUGAGGAUACGGAAUCCAACCAGGAACAACUUCUCGAUAUCGGAGAACACUAUUUAGUGAGGCGUGUUGAUGACUCAUGGCGGCCGGCUGAGAUAAUUCAGACGCGGUACAAUGCUUCGGAAUCGUGCUAUGAAUAUUACGUACAUUAUGUCGGAUGCGAUAGAAGAUUGGAUGAAUGGGUUCCUCGCCACCGGAUUAUGUCGGAUAGAUUUGAUGGUUGCGAACAAUCGAGUAAUAACUCUGAUCUGUUGUUGACCGACAAAUCUGGGCGCAAAAUAACGCGCAAUCAAAAACGUAAACAUGACGAAAUUAAUCAUGUUCAGAAAACCUAUGCAGAAAUGGACCCGACCACAGCGGCGCUUGAGAAGGAGCAUGAAGCUAUUACUAAAGUAAAGUACAUUGAUAGAAUUCAAUUCGGUAAAUAUGAGAUCGACACCUGGUACUUUAGUCCUUACCCUGAGGAGUACGGUAAACAAUCAAAGUUGUUUAUCUGCGAAUAUUGUUUGAAAUACAUGAGGUUGGAGAAAACAUUCAGAUAUCAUUUAGGGGAUUGUCCACAACGGCAGCCGCAGGGGACUGAGAUAUACAGAAAGGGAACUAUUGCAAUAUUUGAGGCGGAUGGCAAAGAACACAAGCUCUAUUGUCAAAACUUGUGUUUACUGGCGAAACUGUUUCUUGAUCACAAAACAUUAUACUUUGACAUAGAACAGUUUCUGUUCUACAUUCUAUGUGAGGUUGACAAACAUGGUGCACACUUAGUCGGCUAUUUUUCGAAAGAGAAGGAUUCCCCAGAAGGAAACAAUGUUGCAUGCAUACUAACACUACCACCAUUCCAACGCCAAGGGUAUGGGAAGCUACUCAUUGCGUUUAGUUAUGAAUUAUCGAGACUGGAAAAAGUGGUAGGCAGUCCUGAAAAGCCUUUAUCGGAUUUAGGUAAGCUGAGCUAUAGAUCCUAUUGGUCAUAUGUUAUAUUAGAGGUAUUGAGUGUAACAAGAGGUAUCUUGAGUAUCAAAGAUCUCAGCCAAAUGACUGGUAUUGCACCUACCGACAUAAUUUCCACUCUGCAGUCAAUGAAUAUGGUGAAGUAUUGGAAAGGUCAGCAUGUGGUAUGUGUUACUCCCAAGAUGGUUACAGAACAACUUGCAAGUUCGCAUUUUAAGAAGCCUCGUCUGACAGUAGAUCCAACAGCCAUUCGUUGGACACCACCCAGUAAACAAGGCCCAGCUGCUAAAUCUAAGAAGUAAUAUAUACUCAAUAUGAAAUUAUUAACGAAAUGUAUAAAGAUCUUAAAUCAAUCAUUGUACUUGAAAAAGAACAAAAGACCAAAGGACUAUUGUUUUUACACGUAUGAGUGAUUCUUUAAAGUAUUAUCAUACAUUCUAGUGAACAGUAUAAAUAAGGCAAUUCUCUGUUAGAUCAACAAGUACAUAAGAAAUAAUACUGCAUUAAAUAAUCAAUUGUUUGUGGUACACACAUUAUGUCAUACAUGUUUCUAUCUCAUGUAAGGUUCCAUUGAUAACCAAACACAGAAUCUAAAUUUUAGUUAAUUUGGGAGGCUAUUAAUCAAUGUUAGUAGAUUUUUCCAUCUUUAAUGUAUUGAUGUAUUUAAGUAAAUGUGUAAAGGUUUCAAACUAGUUUAUGUUAUAAGCGUCACAAUGUCUAAGUAAGUGUUUAAUGUUAGAUAUACAUUUCACAUGUUUCUCAGUCUAAAAUUCCUUUAAAAUCCAUCGUUAAUAUUAUAUUUAAAAUAAAAAUGACAAACAGAAAUUGUAGAAAAAAUGUUAACCUACUCAAAUAAAUGUGAAUGCAUGAUAGUACAUGUUUGUGCACAUUUAUUUUUAAAUAAGUACUCAGUAGUUUUCUGUAUCUGUUCAUUUAAAUAGAAAUAUUGAGUUCCUGUGUUUGCUAUUAGUGAUAUUAUUUAAUGCCUAAAUAUAGUGAUGUUGAUACUAGUUUUAUAACUCUUUUGUAAUGUUUUAAACAUUUAUAUUCAGUUCACAAGCUUAGCUUAUAUAGAUGCCUCCUUAAAUAAUAAUAAGAACAAUUAUACCUUUAAGUUCUCUAUAAGUGUAUUUUUAUAAGCCUUAUUUUUAAUUUGUCACUAUUUGUGUCAGAUUGUUUGUGAAAAAUCUUUCAUGUUUUUUAGAUUCUGUGAAUCAUUGAUUUUGUGAUAACCUAAUUUAAGAAUAAAGUGUAAAUGUGGAAUAAACUUUGUUGAAAAUAA